AUGUCGAAUCUAAUCCUGGCCCUGAUGGAUCUUAAACAAAUCGCUGCGGAUAUUCAGUGCAUUAAAUCUGAUAAAGGGACUGUCGAUAACAUCCUAGAAAGGCUGUCUACUAUUGAACUGAAGCUAGAUGAAAUUGGAAAGGUAUCAAUGCUGGUUGAAGAAUGUAACAAAGAAAUAUCUGGUUUGGAAGCUAAAGUUCAGUCUUUAGAAAUGAAAGUCGAUGACUUGGAAAAUCGUUCCCGGAGGAACAACAUUGUUAUUUACGGUUUGUCAGAGGACGUUGACGAAACUCCGGCUAGCCUAUUGAGUAAGGUUGUGGAAAGAUUUUUUGGUCGUUUGGGAGUGACCUUGACAUCAAUUGAACGUGUCCAUCGUCUUGGCCGACGGAUUCAGUCUAAACAUCGGGCCGUUAUUCUACGUCUGUUUAACUACUCAGAGAAGACCACUGUUUUUAAUAACUGUUUCAAGCUAAAGGGAUCUAGUAUCUCUAUCACAGAGGACUUUUCUAAAUCAGUCAGAAUUGUUCGGAAGAAGUUGUGGGACAGUGCAGUUGAAAAUAGAUGGAAAGGGGACAAAGUGUCACUCCAUUUCAUGAAACUAAGGAUCAAUAAUGAAUUUUUCACCUGGGAUUCUGAACAGAAUAAGAGAGUACCUGUUAAUUCUACCCGAAGUGACAAUUGA